AUGGCGGAACCCGCUCCUGAGUGGUCCCAGCUCCCCACAGAACUCCUCCAUUUAAUGUCCCAAUAUCUCUCAGACACCGAUCUCCUCCGCUUCCGUUCUGCCUGCUCCACCUGGCGCUCUGCCAUCCCUCCGCCGGUACCCUCCGCAAAUGGCCGUUUUCCCAUCCUUCCCAGCCGCAGCAUCUCCGACACCGCCUGGGGUUUUUACCUCUCCAAACGGACUAUGUACUCCCUCCAAUCACCCAGUAAUGAAACUGAAAUCAAAUCCUGGAUUAUCAAACUUGAACGCGACAAUCCGAACCGGAUGCAUUUGGUUCAUCCUCUGACCCGAUCCGUUUUCAAACUGGUGCCUGAUAAUUUCCCUAAGUAUUUUAGCUUCUUGAAUUUGAGAAUCAAGGAGUUGGGUCAUGAAUAUACCCUUCAGUAUAUCAAUUUUAGCCCGCUGGCUAAUUCCAUUGGAGAGGCCGGGAAUCUUUACAUGGAAAAGGUUGCUGUUUGUUUAGAUUUUUUGGGUGCUGAAAAAAAUGGGUUUGUGUUAUUGACGAUUCACGUAUCUGGGAAGUUAGUGAUUUACAAAUCUGGUGACAAGAAAUGGACGGUUAUUAAUGACCUGCCUUCGCCUUAUGAUGAUGUGAUCUUCAGGGAGGGGCGUUUUUAUGCAAUUGAUAGUACGGGGAGAACUGUUGUCGUGAAUCUGGAUGAAGGGGGAUCUCCUAGUGUAAGUGUUGUUGCUCAUUCGAUUUUUGGCGGGGACAAGAAAUUCUUGGUGGAUUCAUUUGGAGAUUUAUUUCACGAUGGUUAUUCCCACAUGUUCUGGCCGCCACCUGCUUGGGUUUGUUCUAAUGUGUCUGUUGAAGCUGAGCUGGAACGAUUGGCUAUUUAA